AUGAUAACCAUCAUACAUUUUGCCCAGCUACAUCUGAAUGUCUUAACUAAACUCUACUCUCUUUUUAUUAGUACUCACAUUGCACCAUUUCCACAAGUGAACACUCUACCUAUAUCAUGCUGUUUUGGUUGGUAUCUUGCUGUAUCACAGGAACUAAGCAAAUCUUUACACCAGUACUUUGUCUCAAAGGGAAUUAGAGGUAGUGCUGAAUGGUUUACAUGGCCUGGUGGAUCACAGGCUGCUCCAGUUGACAAGAAAGGGCCAUUCACAUGUCCAGUUUGUCUUCGAAUUUACCGUCGCUCACGUUCUCUAUGGCGCCAUCAACGUUAUGAGUGUAAUAUGCCAGCUCAGUUCCUAUGUCCAUUAUGUCCAUACAGAGCCAAACAUAAGUGUAGUCUAAAGCUUCAUCUUAACAAGAAACAUCACAUGCCUUCAGAAAAUACCACUGAUGUGAACUACUUGCAGAAGUAAUCUGAUAGCUAUGAAUACUGAAAAUUUUGUGCUUUCUUUUUCCUGAGAGACAAUUCUGAAAUAUGUUGUGGAGUUGUUAUUGGAAUUAAAAUAAUGCAUUUUAACAUAAAUUUCAUAAAGGCAGUAGUCCUGUAGUGGAUAGGGUUUUAUAUUUGUAUUUUUUUGCUGUUGUAGUAAUAUUAAAUGGGCUUAAAAUGAAAAUCAUAAAUGGAUAAUAACAAAAUUAUAAGUGCCAGAGGUGUCUUUAAUUACCAGAUGCUGGACAGAAAUGAUUGCUGCAGUGUGCACCAACCACCAGAAUAAAGCAAAAUAUACUAAGAGUUUUAUUGAACGUCUGAUUUUUUGAAGUUUUAAAUAAUUCUUUUGCCCAAAGAAAAGAGAAUUACAUUAACAGGAAAACAAAGUAUGGCAUACAUUAAAGGUCACUCUAAACUCUUCAUUAUGUAAUACAGCCUCCAUUUGAAGUCUGCUACUGUAUAAAGGCCUCCUCUAGACUUCUCUGUGCUUUACUGUCUUCACUGACAUACAUGUGUGGUCUUAGAUGUAUUCUAAAUUUAUGAAUUUAUAAAAAUGUAGCCCUGAUGAUACAGUCGAUUGAUGAAUUGUAUUUAGGAUAUUUUUGUGCAACAAGGGAAUAUAUAUUGUUCUUGUUCUGAUAGUGUGUGUUGCCUCUUAUGCUUGUUGCCAGUAACCUGAAGACCUGCCUGCUGCCAGUGUUGGUGGUAUAUUGAUUGGCAAAAUAUGCAUUUAAACAGAUCCUUUUAUCAUUAAUCCAAAGGUUGUAAGAAUGAGAAUGAUUAAUGCUGAAGGCAUUACAAUUGACAAAAUAAAGGA